AUGCAAGCCCUCCGCCGAACCUCCGCGACCCUCGCGGCCCUUCCGCGCCGAGCCGCUCUCGUCGCCCGUCCUAUCCUCGCCAAACCUUACCACAGCUACGAUCACCCGUCAACGCAAUCCUCUUUCAACGAAACCGAGACUGCCAUCCUCGACGCUGCGUAUAAGCAUGUUCCCGAUCUAGGAUUCUCCCAGGCGGCCCUGAGCCGCGGCGCCCGAGACGCUGGGUACCUGGACAUGAGCACGACUGCCCUUCAGGAUGGGCCGUUUUCCCUUAUCCGGUACCACCUGGUAACGAGGAGGGAAGGCCUUGCUGCUAGGUCCGGAGAGAUAUUUGCGGGGGAGGGUGGCCAAGGUGUCGGAGUCCUUGAUAAGGUGGAAAGGUUGACCUGGGAGAGGCUGCUAGGAAACCGAGAAGUGAUACACAAGUGGCAGGAGGCCCUGGCGAUAAUGGCACAGCCCAGCUAUGUCCCCGCCUCGUUAAAGGAGCUCUCCUCGCUCGCCGAUGAGAUCUGGUUCCUCGCCGGCGACAAGGCCGUCGACCCGACAUGGUACACCAAACGCGCCUCUCUGUCGAUGAUUUACGCGUCCAGUGAGCUCUUCAUGACCACCGACAAGUCCCAUGACUUCGAAGAAACGAGAGCCUUCCUCCAGAGACGUCUUGACGAGUCAAACAAAGCAAGUGGCGUGCUAGGAGCCGUCGGCGAAUGGGUCGGCUUUACUGCCAAUGCCGGCCUCAACGUACUAAGGAGCAAGGGCGUACGAAUCUGA